UGUGUGUGUGUGUGUGGUAGUUGAUUAGUGGGUUCCUUCCUGGGUACUUCCGUAUGGACCCAAUUGCAUCAGCAGCAGCAGCAGCAGCAGCAGCAUAGAGGAAAGGCUGUCAAAUGAUUUAGGAAAACAAAAUGGGAGAAAGAGCGAGCUCAUGGAGCCCCAACCACUGAAAACCAUUCUUACAAGCAAUUUAUCCAUCGAUGCCAUGCAAAUCAAACUUUUAACCAAGCCUUGACUGGAUCUGCAAAGAGGAAGCUAAAACAAUUUGUCAUGAACAUAGACAAAUACUGUUACGGUCAGACAUGCGUUUCCAUCUCUUAAGUGCCAUCAGCUGUCUCUGCCUUCUCCAUGCGGGUGCUGAAGAAUGCACCCAGUCCGUAUUGGCUGAUCGUUCGACGAUGUAUGUCGCAGAAGGGGACAGUUUGUCUCUGUCCUGUGUGGUCCAGCACUGUGGAGGCUCCUGGACAGGAGACUGGAUGCGGAGAAAUUCAACAGAGGAAAAGCUCGUCAGGCACCGUGUGACCAAAGUGAACCUCUCAGUCAAUCAAACUCAACUGAUUUUAAAUUUCCUGAAUGUCCAGAAAUCAGACGAGGGUUCCUAUGGAUGCAGUGUUACAUGGGCUCAAGAUGUAACUGAGAAGGGACACUUCAAGUAUGUGAACGUCACCGCAGCUGUACCCUCUAAGAGAAGUGUGUUGCACAGGAUUUUGGUUUGUUCUGCUGCUGCUCUGUCUCUUCCUGUCAUUCUGGGAUUGGCCCAUUGUCUGAGUUCAGAAGUCAAGCCUCAGCCACUUCCCAGGACCCGCUCCUCCUCAUCAGCAGUAAACAGAGCCAAACCACACCCAGCUCCACUGCUACCACCAACUCCAAAGCAACGUAGCACUUCCUCUCACAAAGCCAUCCCAAUGGUCAGGCAGAAGUCCGAGGUGGUGUAUGCAGACAUUUCACAGGAUUUACUGAGACAGCAGGUGGUCACCAGAAAGCCUGAACAGUCCACUGUGUACUCACCCCUCAGAUUUUCUCCUUAGAUUGCAGCAAAGCAGGUGAAAACACAAUCUGUAAAUUGCGUAUUACUUCUUUUGAACGUCUUCAGGAAACCUGGGAGCUUUUCUCUUUUCACUUUUCUUUCAUGAGCUCAGUACUUUAUCUGCAUAUUGAAGUAAGUCAUUAAAGCAGAGGACAAAAUAUGUUACUAAGUAAUCCAGCAAUUAUUGUUGUCUAUGUUCCAAAAUGUGACUUGGAAACAAAACAUUAAAUGCAGUAUGGCUAAUUUAUAUGUAUUGCGGUUUUAAAAUGUUGAAACAAACUAUGUCAAUAAUAUCUACCAAUGUUUCUCAUGUGAUUUUGUACAUAACAUUAAAGUAUGAAAAGAACCCUCCA